AUGUCAGCAGUGGAAGCAGAAUCUGAGUGUAUCCGGGAUAUUAGCAAUAUGUUACCGAAAUGGUUCAAACACACCAGAAGUAUCAAAUGUGGCCGGGCAAGUAAAAUAAUUUGCAUUGACCAGCUGUACGGCUGGCGAGGAUUCGAUACGGGAUAUUAUGGUUCGGAGGAAUUGGAAGAUGCACCAGAUUUCCUGGAUGAAGUAAAAACUCUCCCUACGCAAAAUGAAAUUAAGAAUGAUCAGCUGGAAGUUCUUCGGAAGGAAGCAAAGGAGAGAUUAAAAAAAGAGAGAGAAACGCACCCUAAUUUUAACAUCUUAACGGAUCAUGCGCCAACUCCAGAUUUCAGUGUCACUUAUAUUGAAACGUCCUAUAAUACAGACCACGAGUCAGUAAGCAAAAGUGAGAAGAAAAACGUCACCACUUUCAUUGAUGAGGGAGGAAAAAUUGCCACUGAUGAAACUGUAAGCAGCGAAAACAACGUUAGCGAUUUUGGUGAACCGAUGGAGGUUGACAGCUCUUCUUACUUUCGUCACAAUUCAUAUCUUCAAAGCCAAGACACGCAUGAAGUUGUCGACCCAGUUUUGAACAGUGGCACAAACGUGACAUAUACUAUCGAAAAAAACGAGGAUAAUAAUGACUUUCUUUUGCUUGCUGGUGAAGACCGCGUGAGCAGCAGUGAACAAUGUAAAUCGAUAUUAGGACUUAAAUUGGAUGGAACAAUUAUUGUUGAGAAAUCACAUGAAGCUGAGGGCAAUAUGGUGAUUCAGGCACAAAAAGAAUGGAAGGAGCAACGCGAUGCUUCUGUACUCGAUCAUGAGUCUAUUGAUGAAAUUGCAAAAAAUACAUCUUCACAGCGGGAAAAGAAUGAAGCAUUGGAUGUGGCUAGAAAUCAGAUAAUGCAAACAGCUAAUUCGACCAGUAUUCACCAUGAAGAUGGGAUAUCACCACAGCCCACAAACCAAAAGGUUUUUGGAUAUCCUGCUUCUUUGCAAGCAACAUUUGAUUUAUCUUGUAUUGAUAAAAUUGAUUCGUCAGUUGGUGGAAAAAGUGAGGCACUGAAUCCACGAGCUUCUCAGGUUUCUCCCUCUUUUUUAUUGGAACAGAUUGAUAGUGGUACUACACGUUUAAAUACUUCACGUCUAAACGAUCGAACUACUGUGUCAUUCAAAACACCUAAGCAACAUAUGAGGACAGUAGCGGAACGUGUAAUUGUCGGGAAACAACCUGCAGUUGCUACACCUUUGUUCAAAAAAAGAUCUAUUGCUGGAGCUUCACGUGGCACUAGUACUCCAGUUAAAGAAUCUGCUUAUUACGUUUGUCCGCGUUAUGUUGCCCAUCAUGCUGUUUUGGCUAGUCACGCUACGCAAACAGGAUCAGGCACACCAUUGUUAUUGCAUAGCCGAAUUAUACCUGAGGAUGCGUCGACGCCAUUACGCCGUCCAUCGCCAUGCUCGGCACAUGUUUCCUGUGAACUAACCACUGGGAAAUCUUCUACACCUUCUCGAAUACCUAUACCAACCAGUGCAUUAGCAGCAAUUUCACAGUAUGGAACUUCUCCUUUGUCAAGACGGAGCACUUUAGUCGAUUAUGAAUUGACGCCUCAGUCACACGUCCUUAAUAGAAGACAUACACCACGCCAAGAAUGCAGUGGAGCUAAACUUGAGGAUCAGUCCACAAAUUCCACGUGUUCGGUCGCGCAGAUACCACUGUCACGCUUUGCUUUCGAGCAUUUGAAAAAUGGUGGAACGCCUCGUCCAACUUCCAGUACAGAAAAGAAAUGGAAAGGAAUUACAGGAGACAAUUCACUACUGUCGAUUCCAAGAACGCCUAUUGCAAAAACUGAUAUAAGCCAAAUGCUUGUCGAUAAUGUUAUGAGAAGUGGUCCAGCAUACAGACGUCGACCUCAUCCUUCGAAAUUAUUAUUACCAAUCGGAAAACUUCGAUUUGAAAAGAGUGCUGAGAACUCUAACUUGUCCCCGAAAUAUGUGAGUCCAGCAACAAAACUUGCUAAAGAUUCUGCUUUCAGUACUCAAGAAGAAAUGAAUACUCAGCUUGUUGUUAUUGAUAGUUUUGACGAUGAUACAGUGGAAAAACUGGCUGAGGAUACAGCCAAUUUGAGCAUAGUGGAACAACAGAACAUACUCUCGGAUGAACCGGAAAUUAUUUUUGACACUACUACCAACGAGUACCGAAAACAACGGGAGAUACCUGUAUUCGAUACUGGAAAUUACUUCGGUCAACGAAGGAUUUUGUCAAUGCUUAACGAUUCAAAUGUAUCGGUGAAUACACCAGGCAAGGUGGAGGACUCAGUUGUCAAAAUGAAUCCAUCGUUUAGCGAUGAUUCACACAAUCCAUCUGACGAUACCUCGAUCUCUCCCGUGCACAUUAUAGCGGCUAAGGAUGAAAACAAACAUGCUGCUGUUCUAUGUGCCCGCAAAAUAGUACAUUGCGAAGAAGCAGAGCAAGGUUUGCGACGUUCAACGAGGAAUCGCGUUGCUCCCAUUCGUCGUUGGCUUGGUGAAAAGCCUGUAUAUCGUCGUGAUCAGCAAGGGACAUAUGAACUAGUUCGAGUGGAAGAAGCUAUUGUCAAGGAUCCUUUAUUUGUGAAAUACAACACAGUUGAUAUGGCUGAAGUUUUAGAGCGACAAAAACGAGAACAAAGACAGCAUGCUCGUGCUCGUAAACUUCGUAAAUUCGAUCGUGCACGCCGAGACUAUGGUGAGGAAGACGUUAAAAUCAGUGAAUGAAGACGAAUGUAGCCUUUAGUUUGAAGCCUGUAAUUGAAAAAUAUCUUAGCAGUAACAGCUCACAGCGCUGUUAUGAUUGUUA